AUGUCUUCGCCACUUUCCGAUAUGUCGGACCCUCCACCACCCCGUAGGCGUGCGGUAGCCUCAGACGACGAUGACGAUGACGAUGCUCGAUCUAUCUCUCCCGCUCCCAAGGCUACAGAAAACAACCUUGAAAACAUGUUCGAUGACGAUGAAGAUGAACCUGUUCCUAAAUCUCGUUCGCGACGACAGGCAUCACACAAGAACACUGACGACGAGGACGACCUGAAAGAUGAUGAGGAUGAUCUAGAUGCCGAUUUGUUCGGUGGUGGGAGUGAUUUGGACAUGGAUGAUGCUGGGCCUUCGAGGAAGGACCGAACACUGGACGACUCGGAGUUGGAUUCAGGCGAUGACUCAGGUAAUGAGUCGCGUCGACGCCGUAGAGACAACCAGUACGACCACUUUGUUGAAGAGGAACGCGACGAAACAUCUUACGAAGUUGAUAUCGGUCUGCACAAGCUUCCUCAAUCAACCGACGACGAGGUCUACCUCCUCAAAAUCCCCCAAUUCAUCUCACUAGCCCCUCAAGUCUUCAAACCAGAGACCUUUCAGGCGCCUAAACUACCUCCCGAUGCCGCCAUAACACCUUACACCUUCGCUACAACCGCCAUUCGAUGGCGUCACAGCCCCUACGACUCUUCAAAGCUCGAGUCCAACAGCAGAAUAAUACAAUGGUCAGAUGGGACUUUCUCGUUACAAAUUGGCAGUUCAAGGGAAGGCCUGUACGAUUUGCCUACGACUCCUUUAAUCCCUCCACCGGACAAAGAGUACAAUCCUACACACGACAGCUUCACAUUCUUAGCCGAGCCAUUGGCAAAUUCAAGAUUGGUCCGAUUCUUCGCGCACGCUACUCAGACUAUGGGUGUUGUCUCGGCAAGUAAUAAUCUUAUUACCGAUGACAUCAAACAAAUGGUUGCCGCGCGGUACCAAGCUUCGCAAAAGAGGCGAACGGACGAUGGCAUGAAACAAGUCGAACUCUCCUAUAAGAUAGAGGAUCCAGAGAAAGCACGACGUGAUGCCGAGGCUCUAGAGAGGGAGGUUGAGAGAAAUAGGAAAAGGAUUGAAGCACGAAAGAUCAAGGAGGCCGAAGCAGGGGUCGGAGGACCCAGAAAGGUUAGAAGGGGCGCCGGUGGUAUGGGUAUGGAUGAUCUGGAAGAGGAUGAGGAAGACGGAAGGUCCUAUAGCAGGAAGAAGAGCGGCGGCUAUUCGAAACGAGAUAAGGAUGACUAUUACGAUGACGAUGAUGACGGUUUUAUCGAGCAAGACCCUGAUAGUGACGAAGAAGAAGAGGAAGUUAGCGAGUCAGAGGAGGAAGAAGAAUAUCGGAGCAGUAAAAAGAAGGAUAAGAAGAAAGGAAAGAAGAAGAAGGAAAAGAGGCGACAAAGGGAGGAAGAAGAAGACGACGAAGACGAAGAGCCGGAGGCAGAGUUCACUGACGAUGAGGAUGAUAAGCCACAAAGGGCCAAGUCUCCCGGUAAACCGAAGGCAAGAUCCGCCUCAGAAGUGGGCGAUGAUGAAGACGCAGAUGGCGAGUUAUCAAGAGCCCCGGAUCGGAAGAAGAGAAAGGUCAUCAUCGAUGACAGUGACGACGACGAAUAG